GUCCGGUUCGAUUUUCUUGUUCUCCGUUCCAAAGCCUCCGAAUUAUUUUAUACGGAGUAUAUAUACGGUCAAUCUUGGAGCGAAUACUCAGUGGCUGCCCCACAACCUGCAAGAGCUGAGAUGGAAAGAAGAACGGCUCCCUCCCCAGUGGGUGCUGGUAUGGGUCUGCCUCAUCUCCUUCCCUUCCAGCCUUCUCUUCUUGUCUCCUGGGGUCGGAAUGAAGGGCAGGUUUCUUUUGUGAACCAAGAACACGAACAGCCUAUACUCCCCCAACCUGAAGUUAAUCUUCCUGAUAACGACCACAACCCCAUGGCGUCGAUUAGGAGGCGCAGAGAUUGCUUCGAGAUGUAUCAAAUUUAUGAGAUUUUAAAGGCGCAUUCUGUAAAUCCGUCAUUCCAUGAGACAGGCGAGGCUGAGAAUUGGGUUGCAGGGCAUGUGGUGGAAGAUAUGCGUACAAGACUUAAUCCUUCAAACAGGAGCGUGGAGGAAUUGGAAGAACCAGCUUUCCAAGAAUGUGCCAAGAAUUCUGAAGAUGAAUUGGAAGAACCAGCUUUCCAAGAAUGUGCCAAGAAUUCUGAAGAUGAAUUGGAAGAACCAGCUUUCCAAGAAUGUGCCAAGAAUUCUGAAGAACAUGGAUUCUCAUCGCUCAAGAACCAGACUGACACUUAUGUUAAAGAAGAUGAUACAGGGGAAGAGGAAUGGUUAAGGGUGAAAGAUCUGAGGCUCUGUUCCUGCUGCAAGCGAAAAUGUCAUAGUGGUAGAAAUUGCAGGAGAGCUCUGAAUGUCACAACUGGCCUUGAAGAAACCGAAAGAGAAGAGGAGGAAGCAGAAGAAGUGACACGUGGGGGUGUAGGAGUUGAGACCAUAAAGUUACUUGGACAAGUUGAGAACAAAGACAUAGUCAUUAUGAUAGACAGUGGGAGCACACAUAGUUUCUUGGACCCUAAAAUAGUCAAAGAUAUGGCGACUGUGGAAUGUGUCAAGAGUCCACCACUCAAAGUGACUGUGGCUAAUGGAAAUGAGUUCAGCUGUGAUUUAGUCUGUCCCAAAUUCGAAUGGACUGUCCAAGGAGAAACCUUUGUGAAAGAAAUGAGACUAGUGAGAAUGGGUGGGUAUGACAUGGUUCUUGGAAUGGAUUGGAUACACCAGUUUACCCCUGUCAUGCUAAGCACCCGACCCCCCUCGGUUACGUUCAGGAAGGAGGGCAGGCUGAUUGAACUAGUCGGGGUUACAGAUACUACUGAGGAAGCUGUGGGCAACUCAUCUAGUAGUUACUAGUUAGCGAUCUGCCAUUGUGCAGAAGAAUAGUUAAAGUUGCACUUUGAUUCAUAUGAAUUGCUGCUGGAUAUAUGCAUGAUUUUUGUAAUUUGAACUUUAGAAGGUUUUGGGGCUUGUUAUGAUCUUUUUCAGGGGCCCUGCAUGUGUUUCUUGUAAAUGCACUGGAUUUGCUAAUAUGAUUCCAUUGACUGCCCUAUUUUGCAGGAAAAAUU